AACCCAAGUGGCACCACAAACGAAGAGGUGUAGAUCUUGAUCUAUGACAAAUAUUGCCAAAAAUGUACUCUCCCCUUAAUCCACGUUAAGGAUCUCCGCAAACAUGGUGUAACCCUUUACAUUGUUAUCGAUAAAGAUCGAAAACCGGUUAAUGAUGUACCUGCUGUGUACUUUGUUCAACCCACUCACUCCAAUAUCCAAAGAAUCAUAGCUGAUGCUUCUAGAUCACUCUAUGAUAGCUUUCAUUUGAACUUUUCAUCCUCUCUUCCCCGCCCCCUUUUGGAGGAUCUUGCAUCGGGGACAUUGAAUUCUGAUUCUAUCCAGAGGAUUUCGAAGAUCCAUGACCAGUACUUGGAGUUUGUAACUUUAGAGGAUAACUUGUUUUCAUUGGCACAGAAGUCUAGUUAUGUGCAGUUGAAUGAUCCGUCAGCAGGGGAUAGAGAGAUUGAGGAGAUUGUUGAGAGGAUUGUUAGUGGGCUGUUUUGCGUUUUGGCCACGCUGGCAGUGGUUCCGAUUAUUAGAUGCCCACGUGGUGGGCCAGCGGAGAUGGUCGCAUCUGAGUUAGAUCAGAGGUUGAGGGAUCAUUUGUUGGUGAAAAAUAAUUUGUUUACAGAAGGUGGGGGUUUCAUGAGCUCCUUUCAGCGUCCAGUUUUGUGUAUCUUCGAUAGGAACUUUGAGUUGUCGGUUGGGAUACAGCACGAUUUUCGGUAUCGACCACUUGUGCAUGAUAUUCUUGGUUUGAAGCUUAAUAGGUUGAGUGUGCAAGGGGAAAAGGGUGGAAUGAAGUCAUUUGAAUUGGACAGUUCAGACCCAUUUUGGGUGGCAAAUGGAUCAUUAGAAUUUCCAGAAGUUGCUGUGGAGAUUGAGACACAAUUGAAUAAGUAUAAGAAGGAUGUUGAUGAGGUCAAUAGGAGAACUGGAGGGACUGGUGGGGCUGAGUUUGACGGGACAGACUUGAUUGGAAACACAAAACAUUUGAUGAAUGCAGUGAACUCACUCCCUGAGUUGACAGAGAGGAAGCAAGUGAUUGAUAAGCAUACUAACAUUGCAACGUCAUUGUUGGGGGAAAUCAAGGAGAGGUCUCUUGAUUCUUAUGCUAAGAAGGAGAAUGACAUGUUGGUGAGAGGAAGCAUUGAUAGGAAUGAACUUUUGAGUGUUCUGAGGGGAAAGGGGACAAAGAUGGAUAAGCUACGUUUUGCGAUUAUAUAUCUUAUUUCUUCAGAAGCCAUCAAUCAGUCAGAAGUGGAGGCUGUGGAGGCAGCACUCAGAGAGUCUGAGGUUGAUACUAGUGCAUUUCAGUAUGUGAAGAAAAUCAAGUCCCUGAAUGUUUCUCUAGCAUCAGCAAAUUCUGCAAGUAGAAGUAACAUUGUUGAUUGGGCUGAGAAGCUUUAUGGGCAGUCAAUCAGUGCUGUAACGGCUGGUGUAAAGAAUCUAUUGUCUAGUGAUAGGCAGCUGGCAUUGACAAGGACAGUGGAAGCUUUGAUGGAAGGGAAGCCAAACCCUGAAAUUGAUUCUUUUCUUGUUUUUGAUCCCCGAGCUCCUAAAUCAAGUGCUGGAGGAGCUAGCUAUCAUAUAAAAGGUCCUUUUAAGGAGGCUAUCGUAUUCGUGAUUGGUGGUGGUAACUAUGUGGAAUAUGGAAGCUUGCUAGAGCUUGCACAGCAUCAGCAGAACUUCCAUUUUGCAUAUUUUGAGAAUAUGGCUCAGAUGGGAAAUCUCAACUGA